UUGAAAGAAUUUCAACUUCCGGUAAAAAUCGUUUCAGAAGUCAGCAAAUCUUAAAUAUUUACUUUUAUAUGUUUCUAGUUAUUAUUUAGAUACAAAAAAGAACUUAAAUGAUAUGGAACAAUAAAUUGUAAGAUGCUCCGUUUUUUGAACUCCAGGGAAUCAGGUGUCAGCGAUCCCCUCCAGUUUUACAGAGCUGAAACAACAAGACGAGUUUUCAAUCUGGGUCUCAGCGAAAACAAGGACUUCGAAAGAUUGUUUGCAGGCAAUAUUAACACAUUAGAUGUCGAUCUUAUUGAAAGAAGAUAUUUGCUGGCUGGUGGGGCUGAUGGGUUCAUCAUUAUUUACGACAUCUGCAAUACUACUGGAGAAGUCAAGUAUACAUGUCCAUCAGUUGGUUCAAUAGCUCUCAACAAUCGACACCGACACAAGUUCAGUGUGGAGACUGUAUUAUGGUACCCUUUAGACACUGGAAUGUUCACUUCAAGUGGUACAGAUAAGCUAUUGAAAAUAUGGGACACCAACAGACUUAAGCCAGCAGAUCAGUAUGAAUUCAGUGGUGUAGUGUGCAACCAUCAUAUGUCUCCUAUAGCAACUAAGCAUUGUCUUAUUGCUGUUGCCACCCAGAGUUCAUCUGUGAAGCUUGUAGACCUGAAGUCUGGAUCUUCUACACACAGUUUAAAGGGACAUAACAAAGGUGUAUUCAAUGUAAAGUGGUCUCCGUAUCAUGAAUUCAUUUUGGCAUCUGCUGGAGCUGACAACAAGAUAUUUCUUUGGGACAUCAGAAAUGCAAAGGGCAGCCUUCUGGACUUUGACCAGUAUAAUGGAAAACCUCCAAAAAACACCAUUAUAGACAAUGGGGUAACUGCUCACAGUCGACCUGUGACAGGCCUUCAGUUUUCAGCGGAUGGGUUACACCUUGUUUCAUGUGGUUUAGACAAUAAAGUACAAGUAUGGUGUACAAGAACUGGAAGAAAUAUGAAUUUAAAGAUCUCAGUGCCAAAUUCAGGAACCAGAACUGCACAAUUUGCAAUCUCUCAGGGCAGUACUCCAGACUUAAUAUUUAUGCCAAAUGGUAAAAGUAUAGAUGCAUAUGAUAUAUGCACAGGUGAAAGACAAUACACAUUACACGGCCAUUUUAGACAAGUUAAUUGUUGUUAUUAUCAUCCGGAUUUUCAUGAACUAUACUCUGGUGGUGGUGACAGGAAUAUUCUUGUCUGGGGACCAAGGACAGGAACCAGUGUAAAUUACAUAUGCAAAAAGGAGGCAAACAGUGUGAAACAGGAACCAGGAAAUGAUUUGAUUGUGAAUGUGGAACAAAAUACAGCAUUAGCAGCAACAGCAGACAGCUGGAGUAGUGAUGAAGAGACGUGAGCAAAACAAGCAUCACAGAGACCAGUAUUUAAUGGCGGUAUUUUUAAGGGCAAUAUCACCAGGUGGUUAUGAUAGUUCUUGACUGGCGAGAGUCUGUGCAAUGAGUCAGAGGGGGAUUGUUUUGUAAGUGUUGCUUACAGACAAGUUCACAAGUCAGAACUGGUGGUGCAUACUUUUUAACAUGUAGAAAGUGCAAAUUAUGUGAAGAAAUGGUAUCAGGAUACCCUGAACAUGUAUUAAGGAUUCUGUGUAGUUGUAUUUUGAUACAAGUUAGAUAAUGACUUCAAAAGACUUGGAAAAGACAAUUUAUGUGCAAAUAUUAUUUUGCAGCAUAUAACUUAACAGAAUAUAAAUAAAGUUGAAGUUCAGUGUUGUUUGAUGAUGGUUGCAGAGUGUUUCUAAUUUUACACCUAUGAAACAAAAGUAGAAAAGAGAACAAAGUUUUUUAUUAUAUGAUGGAAAAAGGAGUUUCUUGUUAGCUGGACUAUUUGAGGAAUAGUCUGAGCUAUUCUACUCACCCUGGUGUCUGCGUCACACCUUGGUUCAAGUUUUGCAUGCAAG